GAUUUCUGUUUUGCUCUUCCAUUCGUUUACAUCGCUCGCAUCGCGUCAGAUGCUGUGUCCGUGUGCUUUCAUGAUUAAUUGAAUUCGGUUUCCUUAAACUCAAAAACAGUGAUUUUGUAUAAAAAUGGACAAAGCAGAUUGUAAGUAUGGUGCAGACUGCUACCAGAAAAACCCAGCCCACAAGGAGAAAUAUCGUCAUCCGUCGAAAACGGUGGCCAGCGAGGGGCGCAGCCCUGGCAAAGCAGAAACACAAACUUCUCCAUCGUCGUCAGCGAAGCGCGGUUCCGACGAUCCACUAGAUCACUCCGAAGUGCUGGAAGACGUGAAAAAGUGCAAACGUCCACCAACUCCCGAGAAGGACAAUGAUAACGCCGAGGAGAGCGAUAAGGGUAACGAGUACUACGGUAUGACCCGGCAGCGGUACACACUGCCGGAGGUUCCGAUGGAUGUCGGCGCGAUGAGUGACAUCUACGAUCCACAGAUCGAGUUCUCCAAGAAGGAGGAAUACAAGGAACUGUGCGGCGACUGGCGGAUGUUUAUCAAACACAAAUUCCUGGUCGAUAUGCCGGACUGUUUCGAAUCGAUGUGGAACUUCUGUCGAUCUCGGAGUGAGGAAAAACCUUGGGAGGUGUUUGAGAAGCUUGGUCUCCGGCUUGUCGGUCCGUUCGAUGUUCUGGCCAAGAAGUUCAAGGAUGCCAAAAUGCACGAGCCGGGAGAUUAUCUGCGUCACUGGCGAUUCUACUUCGAUCCUCCGGAGUUCCAGACGGUGCUGGUGAAGAAGGAUUCCGGAGUGCAUUAUGGAUAUUGGAGGGAUCAGCCGGACGAUACCAGCGGUCUGGUGGCCAUGAACGACGUCAACAAGGGUUGCGAGUUCAAAAUAGUUGGCGAGAAUGUAUUUGAUGCCGUUAUCCAUUUCCUGGAGAACGAAGUCACGACGACACCCUUCAACAAGGGUCCGAUUGCGGCGAUGAAGAAAUCCCUGGAAGAAUGGGCCAAAAGCCACGACAUCAAGCUCAAGGCCACCGAAAAGCAAAAAACCCGAGGAAAGGCGGUCGUUUGCAAAACAUUCCACAAAAACGGAAUAGUGGUUCCGUUCGACCGCAAAAAAGAACUGGGCUAUCGCGAACUGCUGGAAAGCGAUGCCAAUUUGAAGAAAAUCCUGUCUCGAUUCGAUCGGAUCGAUAACGCACCCGACAAAAUCGAGUUCGAUGCGGCCAUGUCGCCGCUUCAACCGAUCGUUACGGGAGCGUUCAUCGCUGUGGAUGAAUGCGAUUUCGGAACGGCCCUGGAGCUGGCCAUCGAUUUGUUCUGUCAUGGCACGAAAAAUCUGCACGACGUCAUGAAGCCGCUGUUUGUGACGGCCUAUUCGAUGCUACAUCGGCCACAGUAUAUUGCUAUUAUUAAGUCUCAUCUGGAAGAUCGACGCAGAGGAAUUAAUUUAGAUUUACUCACAAAAUCGUGAAAACGGAAAAUAAUCAUCCUAAUUGUCAUUUUAUAUUCAUUGUCAUUUUUACAAUAAUUUUUAUUAUAACUUAAUUCUAAUAAUAAAGUUUUUUUCUGCA